ACUAGUAUAGUAACUGAUAAAGACAGACAUUUUCGGAAGUUCGUAUGUUCGUACCAAGUUGUAUAACAAACUUUACUUAGGAUUGGUAGCCCAAGGGAUGAUGCUGGGUUUGGGUAAUAAAGUAAAAGAGCAAGAAUCCGCUAUAGAGAACUAAAGGAUCCUAAGUCUUGAGAAUUUCAGAGAAUAGAUAACGGAUCAAUCGUAAAAAGGUUUUAUUGGGCCAAAGAUAUCUAUAUAUUAUAUAUCUACAUGAAACGAAAAGGAACAAAAGGAAUUUCAACGAUUUCAUCCCAACUGUCUACAUCAACACGCAAUAAAAACGUGGGAACCAUUCAGGUAAAGGAUAUUGUGAUACAUUUUAAGUGGAAAAGAUACAGAGCGAUAAAUUACUCAUACAACGUAAUUGGCUAACCCUACAACUGUUACGGAUGAGUAACAAAACGGCACGUGUUUUCACGGUGAAUAAAACGAAGAUGAUCUCAACUCGGCGAUGGAUCGUUGCGGGUAAAUCAACUAAAGAACAUUUUUGAUUCGUUUCACUAGCUAAAUUUCAAGAUUGUAAAAUGAUGAUUGCGCAUAAUGUUACAAUGUCAGUUACAAGAACAAAAGCUAAAAUAAAAUUUUCGGAUAGCAGAUUGACGAGAAUGCAGAAUGAAUGGAAGGACCAGCAAUAUUAUCGUUGACGCCUCCCAACUCCCAGAAAUCGUCGCAGUCAAGUCCCCUGCCACAACUCCAUUCAAAAUCAAACCAGUUUCAGGUUGGAACAGUAUCUCUGUAUGGAAUCCACAUCGUGUCACUGAUGAUUGAAGGUCAAGAACGUCUUUGUCUUGCUCAAAUUAGCAACACUCUCCUUAAACAAUUCAGUUACAAUGAAAUCCACAACAGAAGAGUUGCCUUGGGAAUCACAUGUGUCCAGUGCACGCCCGUACAAUUGGAGACUCUCAGGCGAGCUGGUGCUAUGCCACCAUCAUCUAGACGCUGUGGCAUGAUAACAAGACGUGAAGCCGAACGACUGUGUAAAUCAUUUUUAAGUGAUAAUUCUCCGCCAAGACUUCCAGAUGAUUUUGCAUUUUCUGUUCAUCAUGAGUGCACCCAUGGAUGUCGAGGUGCUUUUGUUCCGUCCCGUUAUAAUAGUUCACGCGCAAAGUGUAUAAAAUGCGCGUACUGUAAUUUAUUUUUUUCUCCAAACAAAUUUAUCUUUCAUUCUCAUGAGACUCAUCCUAAUGGCAAGUACGUACAGCCUAACGCCGCAAACUUUAACUCUUGGAGACGUCACAUGAAACUCUCGGGAAAUCCACCUGACCAUAUUAUUCAUGCCUGGGAAGAUGUAAAAGCAAUGUUCAAUGGUGGUACUAGAAAACGUCUAUUGUCUAAUCAAGGAUCCCGAGAAUCAAUUGUUCCGGCAAAACGAGCAAGAUCAUCACCGACUGUUUUAACACCACCAGCAAUUACAACAUCUGUACCAACACCUCCUGCACAUCCUGUAUUACCUCGAGUACCACCAUUUCCAGAAUUACCACUUCCUUUAUCAAGGAGUCUUGUUAUGGAUUAUAUGUGGCACCAUCAACAAGCGACGGCUGCCGUCGCUGCCAGUAAAACACCGGGUUUUCCUUUUCCAUCUUCCGCACUACCUUGGUUAUAUAAAAGAGCACCUGUACUAUUUCCAGGACAUUUACCAUCUACAUUGAGUGGCACAGGAACAAUUGAACCUAUAAUGCCUUCGGUAGCAGCCUCACCGCUUCACCAAUCGGCUUUCCGUCCAGUAAUCCGACCAUCACCAAUAGCUGAGCCGAUACAACGUCAAGAUUCUACUUCAGAGGUUACUGCCGACAAAACCGAUGAUUCUGACGAUGAGGUUGACAUAGAAACUACCGAGGAUGACGAUCUUUCGGCAACAUCUCCACAUAAUUUACGGACUACCACAUCUGCAUCGAAUAAUAAUAAUUCACAAAAAAGCUCUUCGCCGCAGUGUUGGAGUCCCCCAAGAGAAACAGAACGAGAAGCGGAAAAAAUAUCUGAAGAGAGUGUAACAAUUAAUGAUGUAAAGCCAACUAUUCCAUCACCGAAAGCUUUGGAUAAUUGGAAUGCGAAUACAUUUUACCGAAAUAUAAAUGUAAUGAAAAAUGCAGAAACACGUGAGUUAACCAUUCCAGAUUGCUCAGCUUGUCGACCAAAAACAAUGUUUUAUGAUUUAGUAAACAAUAAUCCAACUUCAACGAAUUAA